AUGGGCAUCGAACACUCCUCAAAUCCCCAUCCCUGCCGCGCACACGUCUGCGUGGUCGGCUCCCUAAACAUCGAUUUCGUGACAAGGACGCCACGCUGUCCUGGCCCCGGCGAAACCCUGACCGCAACCUCGCUUUCUGUGAUGGCCGGCGGCAAAGGCGGAAACCAAGCAACCGCCUGUGGCCGCGCCUCAUUCGCCUCCAAGUCCACGCAGGACGUCGCAGUAAGCAUGCUGGGCGCCGUUGGCGCGGGCGACCACUACUAUCAGACACUCCUCAAGCCAGUGCUCGAGCAGUCUGGCGUGGACACGACACAUAUCGAGGAGUCCACCGAAGCUCAGACGGGCUCCGCCAGUAUCGUCGUUGAGGAUGGCGCGGGAGGCGAGAACCGGAUUCUCGUCGUGCCGGGGGCUAAUCAUGCUGGCAUGAUGGGGAGUACUGAGCGCAUUAUUUCUGCCGUCGAGCAGCUGCCGGUUCGUCCUGGUGUUAUUGUGCUGCAGGGCGAGAUCCCGCGGACGACGACCCUGGGACUGUUGAAAUAUUUCAACAGUGACCUUCGAGGUGUAAAUCGCGCGCAUAUUGUUUUCAAUCCCGCCCCGGUAUUUCCGGAGGGGAUCUCCCUCGCGGCGCUGAAGGGGACUGCUGUUCUCAUCAUGAACGAGGUAGAGGCCGUUCAGAUGUCGAGAUCCGUUGCCGGUCUUCCAAUCUCGGAUUGCGGCGAGCCUGCCGAGCUGGACGAUUCGCGGCUCGAGGACCUGGCUUCGCAGUUCCACAACACCGCGUGUGUGCACAUUGUCCUGAUCACCCUCGGUGCGAAGGGGGUGUAUUUCUCGACACGCAACGGCCGUCGCGGGCCUAUUGGUGGGGUACGCGUUCCCAAAGUAGUCGACACUACAGCUGCCGGAGACACGUUUGUCGGCUAUUUCUCUGCUGCCCUGGCGCGAUUUAUAGCCAAGGGGCAUAAUCUGGAAGCAUUUGACGACAAUAUUGAGGACGCAGUGUCCAGGGCCAAUGCGGCGGCGGCAAAGUGCGUUCAGCGCAGAGGAGCGAUGCAGAGUAUUCCUUUUGCGUAUGAGAUGGAUUAG